AUCUCAUGUUCAUUCAUGAGCGACUUGUCCGUGCCUCGCCAUGUUCAUUUGUGAUGCAGAAAGUCAUCGGCAAGCGCGUGUAAGAAGUAUUGGGGAACCAGACGUUGCUUGAGCCCAUAACCGUGGAUAAGCAGGAUGCCGUCUUCUGUAAACAAGCCAAUCGGUACGCUCCUGGUCGUGCUACUACUGUGCCAAAUUGCGGAGUCACAAAAGCACAAUCCCCACAAUGUCCGCCACAAAGUGGGACAACGUCACUAUCACAAGCAGGAGCCUUAUCAGCAGCGUGAGCAAGAAUGGCAACACCACGGCCGUUAUAAUCAGCAGGGACAACAAUACCGACACCCGCAACAACAACAACAACAAGGUGUGUACCAGGAUGCACAGGAGCAGGUGCCAGCGGAACAGCUUUCGGACCCAUUCCAUGUACCCGAGAUCCCGUACGAAGUGCCCAAACAAGUACCCAGACAUGUAACGCGGCAUGUACCCAGGCAACAAGAACAUCAUGUUCAAUGGCAGGGAUACAGAUAAUGUUUUCCCAGGCCGGUGCAAGAAGAGAGUACGCGUCAUUCUAACAAUUUUACAGGACCAGAAACUGAAAUAAAGCGAUAGUGUCACCUGGAAA